CAGGUAUAAGAACCCUUCCCUUCCCCCCUCUUCCUCCUCCUCUUCUCUUCCUCUUUUCGUCGCCGCCGAGAAGCUUUCGCCCUGCGUCCCUGUGGUUUCUUGUCCCCCAUGGCUGCCCUUACCCCCUAGGAGCGUGUCAUCCACGCCCGUUGCCGGGUCGCUGGCAUCGAGCCCGACGACGAUGAGUUCGGCAUGCGCCUGCCCCCUUGGAGCUGAGCUCUAGGUGAGCUUCGCCAAUUGGGAGCUGGCUAAUGUCGAUGGCGUUAACACUGCUGUGGUCGCUACCCGCCAAGCCACACUCGCUACUGCGGCCGACGAGUUGUGGACCGCGUACAGCACCUACCACAUCGACCACGCCGACUUGAACGACAACCCUACCCCGCGCGCUAUUAUGCGGUGGUUGGUUGGCAAGCUCGUUGACGAGGGCUGGCGCGCUCCCCCCGACCUUGCCCGCCUAACCCUCGCAGACCCCUUGCCCCCGUUGGACGCUGAGAUCGAGGAUCCUGCCGAGGUGGCCGCCGACGACGUUCCUGUCCCCGAGGCCGCCGCUGCUCCUGCCCUCAACGAGUUGAUUGCUGCUGUGGAGGUUUUCCGCACCGUGCUUACCGAACGCCUCGACAACCUUGACGCCCAUCUCGAUCGAGUCGAUGCAAACAUACGUCAAGAGGUGGCGGGCGUGGUCACGGCUGUUAGGGCUCUCCAGACUCAGGUGGAGGAACUUACUGCUGCUAAUGCGAAUGCAGUGGCCGCACCCCUGGCAGUGGAUGAUGGUUCCGUUGGUGAGGUCUGACUUUGAGAUUGGGAUUCGAUAGGCGCAACGGCCGCGCGCGAGGGUAAAGCCCUUGAGGAGCGGGUUCAACUCCUGCAUCGAUGAUACGCGACUCUAGU